UUUCACAGCGAGACUUAGUUUUCUUAUGAUAUCUGAGGUAAACUGGAUCCAGAGUAGAGAGUAGAGAGUCCAGUCUAGAUGUGACUGUAUGGCCUUGAGUGGUUGUGACUGGGGGGGUGAGUUAAUUUCUGGUGAGCCAGUAUCUAUGAUGCUUUGUCUUGGUCAGCGGGGGCUGCCAUAACAAAAUAUCAUAGACUGAGUGACUUGACUAAGAAACUUUAUUUUUCACAGCUCUGGAGGCUGGGAAGUCAAAUUGUUGGCACAUUCAGCUCUUGGUGAGGGCCCUCUUCCCUUGCAAAUAAAUGGCUUACAUCCUGCUAUGUCCUCACAUGGCCUUUUCUUGGUGGUUGUGUAAACAUGGAGACCCCUCCUUCCUCUUUUGCUACAAGUGCACUGACCCCAUCAUAAGGGCAUCACCAUUAUGACCUAAUCUAAGUCCGAUUACCUCCCCAAAGCCCCAACUCCUAAUGUCAUCACACUAGGGGUUAGAGUUUCACCAUAGUAAUUUUGGGUUGACACAUUCAGCCCAUAACAAGUUGUGUCAUGAUGAGACUGGUAAUGCUAGAUUUCGUGAUUUCUUAAAAAAGCAAAACAAACUAAGCACCUACUAUGUGCUGUUUUAGUCACUGAGAAUAUAACCCUGAACAGGACUGAAGCUGUGUGCCUUCUUGGAACCUUCCUUCUAGGAGGCAAAGAGAAAAUGGGGUGGGGGGAAGUGAGGGGCGUACCUUAUAUCAGAGAGCAGUGACUAGUAGGCAUGAAAUAAAACAGGCUCCAGACGUGCACUAUCAGAAAGUCACAAGUGUGCAAAGCAGGCAUAUCUUUUGUCUUCACUUUUCUAUCUCGUAGGCUCCUCCCGAGCCCCAAGCCCCGUCGUGUGUCAUGGUUUUCGUCUCUUGAGGUAUCUGCCACGCCUUACUCGCUGCAUUUCAGUGCUGUCCAACUGCGCCUGCACACCCUGCGCCUGAGACCCCACCCCCCACGGGGGGGCGCACCUGCGAGCUGGAAGCCGGUUCUCUGCGUCCUGAGCCUGGCAGCUGCGUCUGCACACUCGGAGCCUGGCGACGGCUUCCAGAAACCCGGCGCCGGGGUUCGCUUCAGUGAAGCGGCCUGUACUUCGCGGACUCAGAAUCCGGGCUGAGAGGACUCCUAACCCAACCAGGAGGUCCAGGAGAGGUCCAAGAAGGGGACACAGGACAGUGACCGCCAGGCUUGAAGAGGCUCCGCUUCUGGCAAACCCGGCGCCCGAUUUCUGAACGCCACUUCCGUUCGGGACUACACUUCCCAGGGGCCAUUGCAGUGGAGGACACGCUCACUUCCGGAGAGGACCCGAAGCCAGACGAGUGAGAGUCCCGUCCAGUGCUGAGGAGAAAGCGGGCCCGGGCGGGGCGGCGGGGAUGGUGUCCUGGCUGCUGCGUGGGCGGCGGUCGUGAGCGUGCGCGUGUGGCCUGGUGGCCGUGAGUGCCCAUACGUGGUGAGCGUGUGGUGAGGCGCUGAGGAGGAGCGAGCGCGCGCGGUAAUCGGGCCCGGCGUUAGGCUGCAGUGCGUGACCGCCCGAUGCGUGGCCGCGAAUGUGCGCCUGAGUGCUCGUCCCGGCAGCGUGCUGAAGGCGGUGUGUGCUGCAGUGAGUGAAGCACUUUCAGUGGGCGAGAGCAGGAAACCCUCCCGGAGGAGGUUUACCCCGCCAGCUCCUGUAUCGACUGCCUAGAGCCCCGUGUGGGAAAGCCCUAGAGCCCGAGGCAGGUGCCCAGGCGGGGCGGCUUCUGCUGAAGCAUUUCCUGUCGGCCCCACCUGGUGGGGGCGGAACUGAGGACGCGGCCCCAUGUCCACAGGACAGCGAGGAGCGGAGACCAUGGGAUCUGAGUACAGAGAUGAAGACACUGAAGCAUGGAGAGGAUAAGUAAUCACUAGUAACCGAAAGAACCGGGAUUGAGAUCCAGAACAGGCUGACUCCAGAGUCCCUCUGUUUACUUACUGACUGUCAUGUAGUCUCCUUAACUACUGCCUGAGCUCUGCAAUACCAGAGUAAAGCUCUUCUCCAAAUGAAGAGCCAGGAAGAGGGAGAGGUGACAGAAAUUAAACUUCUUAAAGCCAUGUCCCCGGGUUCAGUGACUUUCACAGAUGUGGCCAUAGACUUUUCCCAAGAUGAAUGGGAGUGGCUGAAUCUUGCUCAGAGAAGUUUGUACAAAAAAGUGAUGUUAGAAAACUACAGGAACCUAGUUUCAGUGGGUCUUUGCAUUUCUAAACCAGAUGUGAUCUCCUUACUGGAGCAAGAGAAAGACCCUUGGGUGAUCAAAGGAGAGAUGACCAGAGGCCUGUGCUCAGACUUGGAGUAUGUGUGGGUGACCAAGUCAUUAUCUCCAAAUCAGGAUAUUUAUGAAGAAAAAUUACCCCCCACAAUAAUAAUGGAAGGAUUUACAAGUUAUAACCUUGAAUGUUCAACAUUAGGGAAAAACUGGAAAUGUGAAGACCUGUUUGAGAGGGAGCUUAUAAAUCAGAAGACACAUUUUAGACAAGAGACCAUUACUCAUACAGAUACUCUUAUUGAAAAAAGAGACCACUUCAACAAAUCUGGGACAGAUUUUCAUCUGAAUACUUUAUCUUAUAUAAAACAGGUGUUUCCCAUAGAAAAGAAAACAUUUCAUUUUCAUACAGAUAAGAAAAGCUUAAAAACACAUUCAGUUAUGAAAAAACACAAGCAAGACUGUGGAGAAAAGAAACUUUUAAAAUGUAAUGAUUGUGAGAAAAUGUUCAGCAAAAUCUCAACCCUUACUCUUCACCAAAGAAUUCAUACUGGAGAGAAACCCUAUGGAUGUAUUGAAUGUGGAAAGGCCUUUAGCCAGAGUGCCCACCUUGCUCAACAUCAGAGAAUACACACAGGAGAAAAACCCUUUGAAUGUACUGAAUGUGGGAAAGCCUUCAGCCAGAAUGCUCAUCUUGUUCAACACCGGAGAGUUCAUACUGGAGAGAAACCUUAUAAGUGUAAGCAGUGUAAUAAAGCAUUCAGCCAGCUUGCACACCUUGCUCAACAUCAGAGGGUUCACACUGGAGAAAAACCCUAUGAAUGUAUUGAAUGUGGGAAGGCUUUUAGUGAUUGCUCAUCCUUAGCUCAUCAUCGAAGGAUUCACACUGGGAAAAGACCCUAUGAAUGUAUUGACUGUGGGAAAGCUUUCAGGCAAAAUGCUUCUCUUAUACGUCAUCGGCGAUAUUAUCAUACUGGAGAGAAACCCUUUGACUGCAUUGAUUGUGGAAAGGCUUUCACUGAUCACAUAGGGCUUAUUCAGCAUAAGAGAAUUCAUACUGGAGAGAGACCUUAUAAAUGUAAUGUGUGUGGGAAGGCUUUUAGCCAUGGCUCAUCUCUGACAGUACAUCAGAGAAUUCAUACAGGAGAGAAACCUUAUGAAUGCAAUAUCUGUGAGAAAGCCUUCAGCCAUCGUGGGUCUCUUACUCUUCAUCAAAGAGUUCAUACUGGAGAGAAACCCUAUGAAUGUAAAGAAUGUGGGAAAGCUUUCCGGCAGAGCACGCAUCUUGCUCAUCAUCAGAGAAUUCAUACUGGAGAGAAACCUUAUGAAUGUAAGGAAUGCAGCAAAACCUUCAGCCAGAAUGCACACCUUGUACAACAUCAGAAAAUACACACUGGGGAGAAACCUUAUGAAUGUAAGGAAUGUGGUAAGGCCUUCAGUCAGAUUGCACACCUUGUUCAGCACCAGAGAGUUCAUACUGGUGAGAAGCCUUACGAAUGUAUCGAAUGUGGGAAGGCCUUUAGUGAUGGCUCAUAUCUUGUUCAGCAUCAGAGACUCCACACUGGCAAAAGACCAUAUGAAUGUCUUGAAUGUGGGAAGGCAUUCAGACAGAGGGCAUCCCUGAUUUGUCAUCAGAGAUGUCAUACUGGUGAGAAACCUUAUGAAUGUAAUGUUUGUGGGAAAGCCUUUAGCCAUCGUAAAUCCCUUACUCUACAUCAGAGAAUUCAUACAGGAGAGAAACCUUAUGAGUGUAAAGAAUGUAGCAAAGCCUUCAGCCAGGUUGCCCAUCUUACACUACAUAAGAGAAUUCAUACUGGAGAAAGGCCCUAUGAGUGUAAAGAAUGUGGAAAAGCCUUCAGGCAGAGUGUACACCUUGCACAUCAUCAGCGAAUUCAUACUGGAGAGUUAUCAGUUAUUCUCUCCUCUGCCCUCCCAUACCACCAAGUCCUAUAGAUUCAAUCUUGUAAAUGCCUCUAGAAUCCAUCUGCUUUUUUUUCCAGCACAUGUCACAUCAUCAUAGUCCAAGGUGCAACCAUCUCAUCUGGAUUUCUGCAAUACUGUAACUCUUGCCCUUUUUGCUCCUAUCAAGUACAUGUUUAACAUUGUAGGCAGCCUAAUCUUUGAAAAAUAAAAAUACAUAUUUAUGUUACCUUCUCAUUUAAAACACUUGAUUUGAAAAAUAUAUUAACUAAUCCAUUUCAAGGGUUUAGUACACACUAUUUGGCAUAUAGUUAGUGCCAAAUAAUUGCUAGCCAUAAGGUAAAGGUUUCCUUACAAACUAUCAUAUUAAGCCACAAGUAAACCAAACCAGUAAGUCAAGACUAAGAUUUUAGAGCAGACAGAAGACUGUACUUUCCUGGUAGAGAGAAGGAGAUGAACAAACUCAGAAUUUAAAGAUGUAUGGUACACAAGGUAACAUGGUAGCUUAUCACUCCCUCUGUGACAUUGUUGAUGAGGAACUCUCACUUGACCUGAUACUGAGAAGAGAGAAUCAGCCAAUUAGAACAAAAGCUUUUUGCUGGGCGUGGUGGCUCAUGCCUAUAACCCCAGCACUUUGGGAGGCCAAGGCAGGCAGAUAGCUUGAGCUCAGGAGUUUGAGAUCAGCCUGAGUGACAUGGUGAAAUCUUAUCUCUACAAAAAAACACAAAAAUUAGCCUGGCAUAAUAGUACACACCUGUAGUCCUAGCUACUCGGGAGGCUGAGACAGGAGGAUCACUGGAGCCAGGAGGCAGAGGCUGCAGUGAGUCAUGAUCACACAGCUGCAAUUCAAGCCUGGGCAGCAGAGCCAGGCUGGAAGAAAAAUUUAAAAAGAACAAAAGCAUUUGGUAGAAUGCAGAAAUGUAGAACUAACCACUAACCUGGGGAGUAGUAUUAAAAGUCAAGCCAAAAAACUUGAAUAGAUUAAUAGCCAUGAAACAAACUAAAAGGGUAAAUACUUUCACUUUUGUAAAAGUACCACAGGCAAUUUCUGUGGUGUUUAAAUAGUCCUAGCAUAAAAUAAAAUGCAAACUUUCCAUCUUCAUCCUUGAGAUUGACAGGACAUGCCAAAACAUAAAAAUAUGUACACUGCAAUUAGCUUCUGAAUGUAGAUGUUACAAUUUAAACUUAUUUUCAAAAUAUUAAAAAAUAGGAAGGCUGGACAUGUCUCUGUAUAGAAAAUCUGAUAAAGAUAUUUCUAAGUUAAAUUUGUAAAUUCAUGGAUAUUCAAAUAAAAAUGACAGAUUCCAAUAAAAAUCUCCAAUAUAUUUUUUAGUUGAGAAGCUAAUUUGGAUCAUCUGUAGAAUUUUGAUUUUAGCAAGGAAUGUAGUUUACACUGGGAAUGUAGUACUAAUACUAAUUGAACAUUUGCUAAUGUGUCACACACUGUUUUAGGUGCUGGGGGAUACAACAAGGCACAAAAUGGACAAAAAUAUUUGCUCUUACAGAUCUAGUAGAAAAGAAAAAAUUAAAUACAUGCCUUGUGAUAAAUACAUAGUAUGUCCCAUAAAGAGAAAUGGUCUAAAAAAGAAGCUAGGAAGUGCUGGAUCAGGCACCUUACUAUCCCCAGAAUAUGUGGGUUAGAGACAGAGGAUGAGGGAAGAACUAAAGGUAACUGUGAGACACAAAAGGCAUAAUGAAAACAGUCAUCAUAAUCUCAAGGCAGAUGAUAUGAUGCUUUGAGUGUUGGAGGAAAGGAGGAUUGAUGGUUUAGCAGAGAUUGUGGCAGUUAUGUUCACUCAUAUAAAUGUUGAUUUAGAGGCUGUUGGAAGGAUAUUUUUUGAGUGAUAGCUUUAUUGAGAAAUAAUUCACAUACUAAGCAAUUCUGCAGAAGAACACCCAUGUCGUAUCCUCUCUGUAUCCAUCAGCAGAAGUGAAGAGGGAGCCCCAAAGCUCCACUUAAAGUGUACAACUUACAGCUUUUAGUUCAUUCACAGAGUUGUGCAACCAUCACCAUGGUCAAUUUUAGAACAUUUUCAUCACCUCAAAGAGGAAUUCCAUGUCCUUUUGUAGUAAUGUUUAUCCCUGGAAGAGUACUUUUUUUUUCAAACUGAAGCACCCAGAGCUCUUGGGUUUGCUCUUAACUGCUUCCCGUGGCAGUAUACAAUGCCAUGUGAGGAAAGCUCUCAUCCAGAGUACAUGAUUGCUAGAAAAUGGAACUUGGGGCUCCCUCUUUACUUCUGCUGAUAGAAGCAUAGUGGCUAGGGGAUGGGUAGUCUCAUGAGAGAAUGUGGAGCUUUCAGACUCCCCUCAUAUAAAAUGAAAAGUAUUUUUCAUUGUAGUGGGGAAAAGGUGGUUUGAUCAGAUGUCAUUGGGAAACUUAGCUCACUACAAAAACAGAUCUAUACAGAUCUGUACCUUUCACACUAACAAAGGCCUAAGAGAUUAAAGGUCUAAAUGUAAAAUUAAUGUACAUGAAAAACAGAAUAAUAUUUCUGUACCCUUGGUUUCAAAUAGACUUUAGGCAUUAAUGCAUAACCCCAAAGCUGACAUUCGAUUUUUAUAUGGUAGAAAACAUCACAGUCAGAUGAAUGAGAGACUGACACAAAAUGUUUGCAACAAAUAUAACAAAGAACCCUAAUUCAUGAUAUUCAAAGUACUAUUACAAACCAAUAACACUCUGCAACUUAGAAAAAUGGACAAAACUAAUGGUCCAUUCACAAAAGAUGAAAUAAAAGCAGUUAAUGAAAAUUAUCCAAUAUCACUAGAAACCAAGGAAAUGCAAAUUAAAGUGAUUAUAUACUUUUUCCCCAAAAGACUAAUCAAUUGAUAACAUCCAGUAUUGGUGAAUAUGUGUAAACAAGGCAAUUCCAUUGUUGAUUCUAUAUCUAUUGCUUUUUGUAUAUACCCUUUGAAUUAAUAUUCCUUGGAAACCAACAUAUACAAAGAUAGAUAAAUGUAUUAGUGGCAAAAAAAAUUAAUGGUAAACUAUUAACCUAAGUUCCCAUCAGGGUAAUGAAUAAAUUAAUUAUGGUAUAUAUCCAUUCAAUCGGAAUUAUGCAGCUGUUGAAAAAAUAUAAAUGUGUAUAGUCAUAGAAAGAUAGCUGUGCUAUACUAAAUGAAAAAUUAUAGACCUGUAUUGUAGUAUAGACUCGUAAUAUCAAAAAUAAAAAUAUAUAUUA